GGACGACUGAUGAUACUAUUUCAAAUUUUCAAUGAUCUUCUCCUCCGCCGAAAAGCUUCUUCCCCAGUACUGCCGCUGACCCCUGAAUCCGUCGCCGCUGCCAUUGCUUCUCCUCUAACGGUUCAUCAUCCACCAGCAAGAACAAAAGGUCUUAUCGUCGUAGCUAAGCUAACUGAAAGAUUUGCGCCCUUAUUUAAAUUCACGAAUUUGCCGAUGAGAAUCUGCGUUCUUACGCGCCGGGAGCGGCGAAGCUAGAUUGGUGGCCGAUUGGGUCACUUGCUUGGAUUCAGCGCUGCUGCCAAAUCUUCCUUUCCCCUCGUCCAGAAAUCAAUUCUGAUAUCGCCGACUCUUCGCCGCAGCUGCUCAAGUGGUCGUUUCGAGCUGAAUUCCAUCGAAGCUCACAAGUCAUGAGCUCUUCUUCUCGUGCACAUUCCGGCAGAAGAGGCGGAAGAGGUACGGGGAUGAGAAGUGAUAGGGAAAGACCGGGUGGACGCGGUCGUGGCGGUGGGAGAGGAGGUGGUUCCGAGAAUGAGAAAAUUGAUGCUCUUGGAAGACUAUUGACACGCAUUUUGCGUCAUAUGGCUUCUGAGUUGAGUUUGAAUAUGCGGAGUGAUGGGUUCGUGAAAGUGGAGGAUUUGCUUCAGUUGAACAUGAAAACUUUUGCCAAUGUUCCGUUGAUAUCACACACGGUUGAUGAUAUCAGGGAGGCAGUCAGAAGGGAUAACAAGCAAAGAUUCGGGCUCGUGGAGGAAAAUGGAGAGCUCUUGAUUCGUGCAAACCAAGGCCACACGGUGAAGGUAGUUGAAUCAGAAAGUUUGUUACAACCCAUCCUUUCAGCUGAUGAGGUAGCAGCAGUCUGUGUGCAUGGAACAUAUAGGAAGAAUCUGGAAUCUAUAUUGCAGUCUGGUUUAAAGCGCAUGGAGAGAUUGCAUGUUCACUUCUCUUGCGGCUUGCCAACAGAUGGUGAAGUGAUCAGUGGGAUGAGAAGGAACGUAAAUGUGCUUAUUUUCCUGAAUGUGGAAAAGGCUCUGGAAGAUGGAAUGAAGCUUUAUAUAUCGGGGAAUAAGGUGAUCUUGACUGAAGGUUUCGAUGGUGUUGUCCCAGUGAAGUACUUCCAGAAGAUUGAAUCUUGGCCAGCUCGACAAUCUAUCUCCGUUGCAAACCUAAGCCAAAGCUGACUGAUAUGAGAAGGGGGGUGACCUUUGGGACAAAACAAAUAGACCUUCUGAACUCUGCUAAUGUGGCUGCGGAUGGUAUUUAUCAGCGGCCAUUGAACUGAAGGGUUUAAAGAACAACAAAGGCGGCGGGCAAUGGCAAUCGAGGAAAUUGAUAUUACGUAUCAGCAAUCAUGACCUUGAUGAUUCGAAAAAUUGAGGAAGUUUGUUUCCAGAAUGAACCAGUUUAGCCGUCGAUUUGCCUGCAGAUCGGAAUGCCAGGUUCUGCCCUAGGUGUGGUCCUAGCCACAGCUCAUUUCAGUUCAUCAAUGGUGGCAUUACCACCGGCAGAGUAUCAAAAUGACGAGAUGUCGUUCUUUUGCAGCUCCAUUGUUGUUGGUUAAUG